AUGGAUUUCAUUCUCUCUCUGACGCACUUCUGCGAGGUGCAUGGUCCCACCUCGAUCAUUUGCUCGCAGGUUCUACCUUUUUCAUGCCCGCAAUGUCACCCCGAAUCCGAAUCUCCCCAGGGUACCCCGGCUUCAAAUGAGUCUCGCUUCGAUCACGAGUCUCGAUCUCAGAAAUCUGCCGAGCCUAAGUCGCCCAGAAUUGAAGAUCACCCGUACUUCCUCAAAGGGCAUCCGACCUCACCCGAAGACAAAUCCAACCGAGGUGGUGCAAAUGGCGACACUUGCGCCAGUUGCAGUUUGUCUCUGCCAGAAAAUGUCAGCAAACAGCUACCUCCUGGUGCGCCUGGAAGUCGCGACGCCAAAGGCAAUUCCACUAGCCCGGUACUACGCUCGCGCGAGCUAGUCUACUCAUGUGGCAACAACCAUUCAGAGUUGGAUGAUGAGACCGACUAUCACACCCAUGCUUCUCCUCCCGAAUCACUUCAUUCUGCCUCAGUUGCCUCCGAUGCUUCAUGUCACACACACAUUCACACCUACCUCUCUCAGCGUGGCCCACCUAAUCCCGCUGACUAUGCACUCCUCCGACGCUCCUCUAUUCGCACCCUAAGCUGUGAGCUCUUGCCCCGGGGACUUUCCUCCGGCCCCAUCUGCUUCGGUGACGGAGUUGCUGGUUACACAAUCGCCUACAUUUUCCGCCUUCCAGACCCUAUGGCCCGCGGCAAGCGACGCAGUUAUGCACUUGUCGCAUUGGCGGGGCGUGAUGCCGGAAGAGCAUUCCGCGCAUGUCCCAUCAUCUGGCGCGCAUUCGGUCGCAUCGCAACCAGCAUUGUCCAGGCUGCUGAACGCUUCCAGGAAGACGAGAAGACUCGCGACGAGCAGAACAACCUGGGAAGACAGCCCGGCCGCCAAUACCCUCCCGUUUCAUCCUUCCUCACCGGCCGGGGUAUGGACCCGGCAGGCCGCCGUGCAGCCGGCCAGAUUCGUGCCCGCAAUUUGGCCGAAAUCGUCGGCAAUGAAUACAUCUUUACCGAAUUACAUGCUCAUUUCGUCGCACUUCUGCAACAGCUGGGCUCAAUGUUUGGCGGAAUCCCUCUCAACGAGGAACGCUUUGUCUGCAGCACUGUAGGCGACGAAGAAAGCGCCAGUCCUUCUCAGCCAGUCCUAGUCUCCAAGGCAAGACAGCCAAAGGAUGACCAGAAGUAUGAUGGCAAUGACAUCGACAUGUCGAACCUUGAAAUUUCCGCGGGACCAAAGGCGAUUCCCAUUGCGCCUCGCCGGCCCGUUAUGGCUUGA